UAGUGAUUUGCUGUCUUACUCAUGGAUGAUUACUGCCCAGUUCUCCUGUAUUUAUCUCUUCUUCACCUGCUCUCCUAUCUUUGGGAUCAUUGACUAGACACCUGGGUCUGUUGACAUUCAGGGAUGUAGCUGUGGACUUCCCCCAGGAGGAGUGGGAAUGCCUGGACUGUGCUCAGAGGGCUUUGUACAUUGAUGUGAUGGUGGAGAAUUACAACAACCCGGUCUUCAUGGUGUGUGGAUUCACUUCUAAUCCAGACCUUUGAGCUCAUCCAUUCUUUCACUGGCAUUGGAGCCUACUACUUUGGGAUUCCAGCAUACACUGAAGACCAGCUGAUUCAUCCAGCCUUGUGGACUGACUACUAGAUUCUUGGGACUUUCUGUUCACAGCUAGCCAUUGUUGGAUUAGCUGGACAGCGGGCCGUAAGACAUUCAUAUAAAUUCCAUAAAUACAUAUAUGUGUGUAUGUAUAUAUAUAACAAAAUCUAUCUAUCUAUAUAUAUAGUCUCUGUGUGUGCAUAUGAGUGUGUGUGUCUGUAUCAAAUACUAUCCAUUCUCAUUUCCUACCUCUUUACUACCCUGGUCCACAAUUCCAACAAAUGUCUAUUGUGUUUAUCUUAAUUCGUUUUGCUUUGGGACCCACUGAGAUUGACCAAAGCCAUCUGCCAGACGACUGUGGGCUUGGAUCUAUGUGAACAAGCCUGGUGGGCUCAGCAGAGGACUACAACCAAAGAGUUCUCAGAGCCAUGGAUGGGAAGGAGUAACUGGCCUUUUCAGAGGAAAUUCCACCAUUCCCAGUUGGACUCGGACAGCCUGUGGUCUAUAACUGCACGAGGAAGACCCGGCCGGGUAUUCGGGGACCUGAAAUCUCCGCGGAGCCGCAGUCGCCGCGCCGGGCGGCCUGGGAAAGUCACCAGUCAGCAGCGCAGUGGCGGGAACCGCAGCCCGGCGGCCCUGGAACCUCUCAGGACAGUUGGGGAAUCAUUUCUAUAAUCCUGUAUUUAGUUUUUUCUUCAUCUCCUGACCACAGUCCUGUGGUAGAAAUCCAGGUGCUUCCUGAACAAUCUCUUUCCCAUGUGCAGAGCUAACUGAUCACCCAGAUCUGCUCACCUGUGCAGCAGAACAAAGUGGCCUGGAAGGAGAGAGGAGACAGGAGCUAAGGAUCCAGGGAAGUGUCCAUCUAUUGAUUGUUCCUGAAAGAGAAACUCAAAGAAGAGAAACAGUAAGAAAUGGCUGAUUCUUCAGUAAACAUGUCGCAGGGGGUGUUGACAUUCAGGGAUGUGACUGUCAACUUUUUGAAAGAGGAGUGGGAUUGCCUGGACUCUGCUCAGAGAUCUUUGUACAUUGAUGUGAUGUUGGAGAAUUACAACAACCUGAUCUUUGUGGAGAACUACUGCAAAUGUAAUCCUGUCCAUCAACAUGUGAAGACUGAAAAGGAGUCUUGUCAGUGUACUGAGUUUGGCAAAGUGCUUCAUGACCCCUCCACAUGUGCACUUUAUAGAACAAGUAAAACUACAGAAAACUCUAAUAACUCAAGAUGCAACAACAAUCACAGGGAUGCCCCUAUUGACUCAUCAAAUCCAGAUAGACAUGAAAGCACGCACACUGGAGAAGAACCUUGCAAAUCUAAAGACUGUGAGAAAUCUUUAAAUUUGAGUUCCAACAUUACUCAAGAUCAGAGGCUGUAUACUUCAAAGAAAGAACCCAGGCAGGGAGAAGAUGAUGAUGAUUUCAGCUCUGCACACAGCCUUCUGAAACAAUCAGUCUACUCUGGAGAGAAACCAUACCAAUGUGGGAAAUGUGGGAAAUGCUUCAGGGUUUCCUCAUACCUCACUGAACAUAAGAGAAUUCAUACUGGAAUGAAACCCUACAAGUGCAAAGUUUGUGAAAAAUCCUUUUCCCAGCGUUCAAGUCUUAAAAUACAUCUAAGACUUCAUACUGGGGAGAAACCUUACAAAUGCAAAGAAUGUGGAAAGUCAUUUCGUCAGUUGUCAGGAUUUCAUAGCCAUCAGAAAAGGCAUACAGGAGAGAAACCUUACAAAUGUAAGGACUGUGACAAAUCCUUUGCCCACUCUUCCACUUUCAAGAAACACCAGAAAAUGCAUACUGCUGGUAGAUAUUAUAGUUGUGAAGAAUGUGGCAAGGUCUUUCAUCAGCUUUCACGCUUUCAAAGCCAUUACAGACUCCAUACUGGAGAGAAGCCUUACAAAUGCAUUGAGUGUGACAGAUCCUUUACCCACUAUUCAUUAUUGAGUAGCCAUCAGAAAACUCAUUCUCUAGAGAAGUCUCACAAAUGCAAAGACUGUGAUAAAUCCUUCCUUAAAUUAUCACACCUUAACAGGCAUUACAGAAUCCAUACUGGUGAAAAGCCUUACAAGUGUGAGGUAUGUGACAAAAAUUUUACUUGGGAGUCAACCCUUAGAAGACAUCAGAAAAUUCAUACUGGGGAGAAACCUUACAAAUGUAAGGAAUGUGACAAAUCCUUUAGCGAACAGUCAUAUCUUAAAAGACAUCAGAUUGUUCACACUGGAGAAAAACUUUACAGAUGUAAGGAAUGUGACAAGUCUUACGCUAGUUGCACAUAUCUUAGAGCACAUCAGAAAAUUCAUACUGGAGAGAAACUUCCGAAAUGCAAAGUCUGUGGCAUGUCCUUUGUCCAUAUUGCAAGUCUUAAAACACAUCAGCGAGUUCACACUGGAGAGAGACCUUACAAUUGUAAGGAAUGUGACAAAUCCUUUACCAAUCGUAACAAUCUUAAAAGACAUCAGAGAAUUCACACUGGCGAGAAACCUUACAAAUGUAUGGAAUGUGACAUGUCCUUUGCCUUCAAAUCAGAUCUUAGAAAACAUAUGAGAGUUCAUACUUGAGAAAAACCGUAUAGUUGUCAGGAAUGUGACAAAUCUUUUGCCCAAUCUGUGGUUUAAAGAAACAUCAAAAUUUUCAUACUGGAGAGAAACUUGACAUAUGUGAAGACUGUGACAUAUCCUAUAUCUGCUAUUUGAAUCUUAUAAGACAUCAGAGGGUCAAUACUGGAAAGAGACAUUACAAUUGUAAAGAAUGUGACAAAUCCCUUUCCAAUUGCUCAAAUCUUAGAAGACAUCACAGCGAUCACACUGGGGAGAAAGCUUACAAAGUAUGGAAUGUGACAAGUCCUUUAACUGGGGCUCACAUCUUAGAACACACCAGAGAGUUCACACUGGAGAAAGACCUUACAAUUGAAAGAAAUGUGACAAAUCUUUUACAAGGUGCUCCUAAUCUCAGUGCACAUCAGAAAAUUCAUACUAGAAAGAAACCAUACAAAUGCAAAAACUGACGCAUCUUUUAUCCAGAUUUCGAAUCUUAUGAGACAUUAGAAAAUUCAUACUGGAGAGAAACACCAUUGUAAGUAAUGUGUGAUAUAGCAUUUUCUGGUAUUCUCUGCUUUCAAAUCACAGCAGUAUACAAAAUAGAAACAGAAAGAUAAGAAACUUAUGAAAAUCAUUAAUGAAGGUUUAAAUCUUUUUAAAUAUCCUAGAGUUUAUAUUAAAAUAAAAUUCUGCAAAU